AUGUCGGAUCGCGAACAGCCAUACGAUCCCUAUAUUCCGUCCGGAAACGCCAAUGACGCCGGUGGCAGCAAUAAUGGACAAGGCGGCAACCAACGCACCGCCGCCCUUCAAGCCGAAAUCGACUCCACCGUCGGCAUCAUGCGAGACAACAUCAACAAGGUCUCCGAGCGUGGCCAGCGCCUCGAUGCGCUGCAGGACAAGACCGACAACCUUGCCGUGUCCGCGCAGGGGUUCCGACGCGGCGCCAACCGCGUGAGGAAGCAGAUGUGGUGGAAGGAUAUGAAGAUGCGGAUUUGCAUCAUCGUGGGCAUUAUCUUGCUGUUGGUGGUCAUUAUCGUGCCGUCGGUUGUCGCUACGCGCUAA